AUGUCUUUCAAAGUGAGUAAGCCUGGCUGCAGCUCGAUCACAAAGCGUUACUGGAAGGAAAGACUACGGCUUGACGCUCAGCAGUACCGUGCUCAGCAACACAUUGUUCUGAGACGACUACGGGAAAAAUGGCCUCAUCGAAGCGAUUUGAUCAACGAUUAUCCUCAUCGUCUCUUCGAGGUUACAGAAUGGAUUCGUCCUACGUUCGAGUCAUUGGAUAUACAUGGGGAGGAGGACGAUGAACGUUUGAAAGACUAUGCACAAUGGGCUUUGAUGCUCAAUAGCAAGUUGAGAGACGAGUGGUGUGGUUCACAAAAUCUGAGAGCAAAGGCGAGAAUGCUAGACACUACAGCAGAUGAGUACGACAUACAGAUUACUGCUCUCGAUCCACCAAGAGCUAGACGGCCAAUGAGCGACAUCGAGGAAGAGAUUGAAAAUCAGAUCAGGAACAAACAGGCACAAGGUAUAGUUGCAGAGCCAGAAGAGGAUAUAGAAGGGCUAUUUGAUAUGGAAGAUGUGGUUUCGAUACCAGAAAUUGUCAUCAACGAAGAGAGACCACCUGAAAUUUCACCAUACAAUACAGAGACGCAGCCGCAGAGCCAUGAAACUAGCCAAAGACCCAGAGAAGUGUCCGAUACACCUUCUGACAUGAUCGAGCUGGGCCCAAUUCCUUCAAUUCGGCCUCUAGACACUCCUAGUUCUGGAAGGUUGCGGGACAUUUCUCAUCUCUUUACGCGUAUCAGAAGGCAUAUCAAGGACCCAACAAAAAUAGCAGAAUUCUACGAUCUUGUCAGGCUUUACAUGCUGCGUGGUAUGAGCAGACGUACCUACGUCGAGCGGGCCCGAUCCUAUGUUGGCAGCAGUGCCAAUCUAAUGGCCUGUCUCAGGCUGAGUAUUGGUCUUGAGGAGCAAGCUGACAUGAAGGUCAACUGGGACCAGAUACUCGUUACAGUUGACCCAUCAAUGCAUCACCUGGCCUGGUUUGGUACUGAUGGCAAGAUCAAUGGCUACUUCACCACCGAGCGCGGCUUUGAGAUGAUACUCAAGCGUUUCGAGAGGGCCUAUACAGGAGAACGUACUCUAAAUUUCAGGCUAUUUGGGCGAAAACUUGUCAGACUUGCUUUACGUGCUGAGAAUCUUCGAGAGCUGAUUGAGUCGCGUCCAGUCGCAGCUCAGGAAGUAUCAAGGUUACAGAGGAACGUUCCUAACAAGCAAGCAUCACCUCAAGGCAAUCACAAUGAAGGCGAAAGUCAAGUGGAUGCUGAGUCUGGGGACGGAAGAACAGCAUCAAUCGCAAUAUCUAUAGCCCAGAGACAGCCUAUACAAGCAACAGACCUGCCUGCUGCUCAAGAACCUGGCGCAACACGUGUGAAACAAAGACAGCCAAAGCACACGGCUUCAGGUCUGGCUACAUCAAGGAAGGCUCUAUGGCAUCAACCGAUCUUCAGACCACAGGGACAACUUCCGACUUCGAUAAAUAUUCGUGACGAUCUAUUUGCUGUGCCUGCAGCAUCUGAUGAGAAUGAGAAGAACGAGGUCGCACAGACGAACAUCGCUGCUCGAGGCACUUCAGAAGUAGUAAUGCAUGCUCCUACCAGUAGCAACCUGCCCUGUGCGGAACACGACUCGCCCAGUCAGCAGCUCUCGAAGACCAGGCCGGAAGAGCACAGAUCAGCCGUUAGCGAACUACAACAGAUGAACGAUAAGGGCCACGAUACUGUCGACAUUGUCAGCCCGCCCUUGCAGGCUAGAGAUGCAGACAAUGCUGUUAUGGUUCGAGGCACGCAGCAAGUAUCGCCGUGCGCCGAGGAGAUGCACCAACGACCGACGGACUCAUGCCUAUGCCGUGAUCAUAAUCACAGAUCCAUAGCUGGUCAUAAACGGUCAGCAGACAGCAUGAACGAUACUACGAGCGAUCAUCUCGUAUCCGAUAGUCGGCCUAGCUCGCCUCCAUAUAAGCGUGCACGCAUGACAGAAAACACAAAGCAGGAAAUUCAUGAAAGCCAGCAAAUACAGCCUUGUGUCGACGAAUCCCCGCCCACGACGUCAGAAAAGUGUGUAGGCUAUUGCAGCAAGCACGGUCACGACUUAUACAUUGACACAUCCAUCGAACUAUCCAUGAGCGUCAUACAACACAACGGCUUGUUUGGACCUUGUCGUGCUCUCCACUUUGAACGCUUACCAUUGUCUGUGGAUGACUGGGAGCCAGCUAUUGAAUAUCUGCCUCUACUGCGGCAGCUCAAUGGGGAUAAGAUUAAGCUGUACUGGGAGAUUAAGAAGAUGUCUUGA